AUGUCGAUGACUCUGGCUACCACAUGGGUGAGGAGAGGGGUUGCCGCCCAGUUUCCCACCAAAUAUCAAGUCGACGAAGCAGAACUGAGCCGCAUCUCAAAACUAGCCCGCCUACAGCUGGAAGAUGCGCAGCAGGAUCUUCUAGACGCGCAAAAUUCCAAGGAGGCGGAUGUAUCAGAGGACGACGAUUCUGAUGCCGGGGUGCCCACAGGAGAAGCCUCGGACACAGUCAAACAGCCUACGGCCGAUGCCGAUGACCUAAAAGAAUACAACCUGGACGACUAUGACAAAGACCCGGUGGACGAACAAGGCCAGAAAUUCGCCAUGUUUGGCAAUGUCGGCUCAUUAGCUUACCAUGCACCACAUGAAGAGGAUCCCUAUAUCGUAUUGCCCGAAGGAGAAGAAGAGUCCGAAGACGAAAGAGAAGAGCUGCAGAUAUUGCCUUCGGACAAUUUAAUACUGGCUGCGAAGGUGGAAGACGAGGUUGCGCAGUUAGAAGUCUUUGUGUACGAAGAUGAAGCCGACAACCUCUAUGUCCACCACGACAUCAUGCUGCCUGCUGUUCCUUUGUGUGUUGAAUGGAUCAAUGUCCCCGUCGGUAAAGACGCCGAGUCGAGGUCCGAUGGGAACUUUGUGGCAAUUGGGACCAUGAAUCCAGAGAUAGAAAUUUGGGAUUUGGAUGUCAUCGAUAGUAUGUAUCCUAAUGCCAUACUAGGUCAAGAGCCACAAGAGCACCCAGAGGAAGCGGCAGAGCAAAACGGAGAAAGCUCAAAAGCAGGCAAGAAGAAAUCGAAAAAGAAGAAAAAGAAGGCGAGGGCCAACGAUGACUACCAUGUCGAUGCGGUUCUGGCUUUGGCUGCAAAUCGACACCAUCGGAAUCUACUUGCUUCGGCAUCGGCAGACAAGACGGUGAAAUUGUGGGAUCUGAAGACCGGCAAGUGCGCAAAGUCAUAUACCAUGCACAGCGGCAAAGUGUGCGCUUUGGAUUGGCAUCCGACCGAGUCAACUAUUCUCUUGAGUGGAAGCUACGAUCGGACCGUCGUUGCUACGGAUAUGCGAGCGCCGGACGCAGCGGCUCCGAAAUGGGUGGUCGAGGCAGAUGUUGAGAAAGUGAGAUGGGACAUCCAUGAUCCCAAUUUCUUCUUCGUCACCACCGAAGCCGGCACUGUCCAUUAUUUUGAUGCCCAGAGCAUUCCCGUCUCUCACGAUGAACCGAGCAAGCCUGUAUGGACAUUACAGGCCCACGAUGGGCCGGUCAGCGCCUUCGAUAUCAGUCCUUCGGUACCGGGCCUUCUGGUAACAGGUUCGGAGGACAAAAGGGUCAAGAUAUGGAACGUCGAAAACAACAAACCCGCCAUGGUCAUCUCGAGGAAUCUUGAGGUCGGGAGGAUAUUCUCGGCGCAGUUUGCCCCAGAUCCGGAGGUUGCCUUCAGGUUAUCAGUGGCGGGGAGCAAGGGCCAGCUGCAAGUAUGGGACAUCAGCACCAAUCCGAGCGUGAGAAAAGUGUUUGCUAGCAGAGUCCAGUUGCCAGAGACGGACGGUAAAGAGAGGCUAGUCGGUGCCAGUCUGAGUGACCACGAGAGUGAAGAUGAGGAGGGAGAGGAAGCUGGAGAAGAGGCGCAAGACGGUUGGGAAUCCAUGGACGAAGAUUGA